UUUAAAAGUUGACAGAAGAACAAAACUGUUAAUUUUGCAUUCACACAUCACUUAACCUGAAAUUUAGUUUUCCGUGAUCAAGGCUGCUCUUCCAGGUAAACCACGUCAUGAAGACAGUUGUCAGACUUAGUGCGCAGGUGACCCGCGUGAGGCACCGACUCAAGGACUUGUUUUUUUCUUUAAUCCAAACUGCCGCUCCGCGCUGAUUGAUUGGCACUCACCUGUGGUGACGUAUGAGCGCCUGCAAUCUUAUGAGGAAGUGAGUCUGUGAAGGAGCGCAGCGCAGGAGAAGACCUGCAGCUGCUGCUGCUGCCGCCGCCGCACCGCCCCGGUGAUCUGAAGCAGAACCGCCGAACCGGGCCGAUUAGAAUUCCCAAGGAACGAGCGCCUGCUGUUUGACAGUGAUCUCAUUUUGUUUCCUUGGCGCUGAGGAGCCCGGGAGAAACAGUGAGCAUUACAAGAAGAGGAAAUUAUGUCCCAAAGUGAGUCAAACAACGGCAACCAGGCCCCUGCGCUUUUGGAGAGUCAACUUGCCACUGAGCUUCAUAUAAGUGAGCCAGGGGAUGAAUGCUUCCAAGCAGAAGCUUCUCCUACCCCCUCAGGUGAACCCGCCACCCUUGAGGAGGAUCGGGAUGACAGGAUCAUGGAGCCUCAUGAAGUGGUUUUAAGCACAGAAAGCCGUGCAGUACAGAAGAUGGGCACUCACCAGCUCAUCCCUAAAACAUUAGCCAGCCGUCCUAAAAACCGGUACCACACCACUGUGGUGACGUUCCCAGUGAGACUGGAGAAGUCAAGCGGGGACUCCAGUGGCGAGAGCCACAGCCGUCAUUCAGCCCAGGUGCCUGAUGUGCCGUGGGAGGAUUAUGACAGUGAUGGAGACGGCUUUGAUUUAAGGAGGAACCGCAGAAACCGGUCAUACAGAGCUGCAGUGACGAGCCUGGACGUUGAAGCCAUGAUGAGCGCAGAACGAGCGCCUGUCAGCACCCUGAAAUCUGUUAAUGAGGUCAGAGCAAGCAGUCCCGGUCCAUCGCACACCGUCGGACGAAAGUUUACUACGCGAACCCUUGGAAGAAAGAAGGACCAUCGGGGAUCAUUUAAAGAUGCCACACCGUGCCUCUACCAAGAGAUGCGUGAGCGCGGCCUGCACUCCACCAACCAGGACGAGCUGCUGGACGACUUUGUGGUGGUGGAGACUCCAGUGGAGGACCAGGGCAUUGUGGUGAAGAAUUACAAGCCAGCACAGCUGACCUGGAGCCAGCUGCCACAGGUGAAGAACUCAGACAUUCUUUCAAGGAUAACACCUCAAGAGAGAAAAAGACAAGAGGCUAUUUUUGAGAUCAUCUGCUCAGAGCACUCAUACCUACACAGCCUGGGCAUCCUGGUGCGUCACUUCAAGAACAGUAAAACACUGAGUAAAACGAUGGCGCCCACAGAGCACCACCACCUCUUCUCCAACAUCUCUGUAAUUCUCAAAGUCAGCCAAAGGUUUUUCGAAGACCUGGAGCGUCGUCACCAGGAGGACGUGGUGAUCCGCGACAUCAGCGAUAUCAUUCAGAACCACGCAGCGCACCACUUCGAACCUUACAUCGCGUAUUGCUCCAACGAGACGUUCCAACAGAGGACUCAUCAGAAGCUGCUGAACACUAAUUCUGCAUUCAAAGAGGCUCUGAAGCAGCUGGAAAGCAGCAGUGAAUGUGGAGGCCUUCCCAUGUUCUCCUUCCUCAUCCUACCCAUGCAGCGAGUCACCAGGCUGCCACUGCUGCUCGAUACCAUCUGUCAGAAAACUCCAGAAAACACAGCAGAGUACUUUGCAGCCGUGUGGGCCCUGCAUGCCAUGAGCAAGUUAGUGACUAGCUGCAAUGAUGGAGCUAGAAGAAUGGAGAGAACGGAGCAGAUGUACACCAUCCAGAAGCAGAUGGAUUUUGGGAAAAUCAAACCAUUCCCUCUGGUGUCCUCAUCACGAUGGCUGAAGAAGCGUGGUGAGCUGAACAUCUCUGCAGAAGAGCUCAGCAUAUGGAAAGCUUUCACAAACAGAAGCUACUACCUAUUCCUCUUCAAUGAUGUGCUCAUUGUCACCAAGAAGAAGACUGAGGAAAUCUUUGUGGUUCUGGAUUAUGCUACUCUGGAAAAUGUGGAAGUGGAGUAUGUGAUGGAAACAGAUGGACAAAUGAGUUCACCUACAAAAAGCACGCCGUUGACCUUCAAACUGCUGAUGACUAAGAACAGUGACGGGAGAUCGGAACAAAUCUCUUUAGUAGCUGAUUCCAGAGUGGAUCGGGCACGCUGGAUUAUCGCCCUCACGGAGCACAAACAGGCGAAUGCCACAUGCACAGAAGGUCUUCCACAGUAUGAGGCCACUAAAUCCUACAUCCCAAAGGAACCAGAUGAGAUUGGCCUCCGACAGGCUGAGCUUGUCCUUGUUAUGAAAAAAGAGGAAGCAUGGUGCUAUGCAGAGAGAAUGCGAGAUGGGGAAAGGGGCUGGUUUCCUGCCAGUUGUGCCACAGAGAUCACCAACCCCACUGCUAUGGAGAGUAACGUGCAACAAAUGAAACGUCUGCGCAAAGAGACCAACGUUUGACUCUUCAUGGCUGUACUUUGGUGCUGCAAUUUGCCAGGAUGAAUUUUUUUUUUUUAUUGCUCGUGUGGCCUUAGCCCUGUGACCUGUUCCUCCACUACAAUCCCAGUGGAUACACCAGAUAACUUACCAGAGAUAACAGGGUCACCUUCCACAGCAUAGCACACGCAAAUCACCAUAAUGGCUUUACUCAACUCUGAGGCCUUGGAUAAAAUGUAACCAUUAGGUUUCCGCAAACCAACAUUUGACUUUUUUGUCACUGCAAAUAACAGACAUUUUAAAAAGGUGCAAAUCUUACUUUACUUCUGCACCAGUUACAUUUUUCCAUAUCCAUGAUUUGUGAACCAAAUUUCCUUAAGCUGAGGCUCUAAUCCUAACAAGGAAGUUGAAUUAACGUUGCAGUGUCAAAUAUGUUGGAAUGUUUUUUUUAAUGCUCAUGUGAUCUAAUUACUUUCAACCAGCCUUUAUUAACACUUAAAUGUUUACCUUGGUCUAUUAAACCAAAUGCCCCAGUCUGAUGUAUUUCUUACUAAGAAUGAAAACUGGACAACCUGUAUACUUGAAAAUAAAAACCACCAUGACAAAAAAGGUUUACCUGGUUUUUGAGUUUUAUUUUAGCUUGCAUUUCGUUAAAAUGUUUGAAUACAUAAAAAGUUAUUUAAAAAUGUCAAACGGACCAGAUAUCAAAUUCCAUUUUAUUUUUAAAAACCAUUUGGUGUAAAAACUUAGGACAGAUUUAGAAAAACAUUGUCGUUUCCCCAAAACAUUUUGUAGCUGUCACAUAAAAAUAAUGGAGAACAAAAAAAAAA